AUGGCAUCACCACCGACGACCAUCAACCUCAUCUCUCCCUCGAAAUACACCUCCUCCCCGCCGUCGACCUUCUCCCCGCCCCCGAUAGACUGGCUCCUGCGCACCUGGACCGUCACCCACUCCACGCUGGCCAUGUGGCGCGACGCCCGCAACGUGCGCAUCUCCUACGCCGCCCUGCCCGCCAAGCCCGACGGCACGGCCCGCAUCGACGACCUGGUCGAGUACGAGUCCAACAAGAGCACGCCCUCGACGGGCGUCAAGUCCGUCAAGGGCGUCGACACGGCCUCGCGCCCCGGCGGCGACACCUCCGCCUGGGACUGGAGGGGGAAAGGGUGGUUGUUCUUCGUGGGCAGCCACUGGGAGGUGCUCGGGUGGGGGGAGAGGACGACGGGGAACGGGGAGACGGAGCGCUGGGCCGUUACGUGGUUCGCGCCGACGCUGUUUACCAAGGAGGGCGUCGACGUGUACUGCGAUCGCAGGGAGGGGCUCAGUGAGGGGACGUACAAGGAGGUUUUGGAGGCGUUGAAGGGGUUGGAGGCGGGUGAGGUGGCGAGCAUGGUUGAGAAGGAUAUGUUGCCUGUUGAGAUUUCGUUGCCGUGGAAGGAGAGUUAG